AUGGACUUUGCAGGGGUGUUUGGGAACGCCGAGAGGUUACAGAAAACUUAUGUUCGAAGAAUAUUUAAGAAUGAAAAGGGAUAUAGUAACCCAAUUGCAGCGUUGCCCAUAAAGGAAGAGAUUUUUUUGGAGUUUGAUGAUACUUAUGCUUAUAUGGACUCUGUGGAUGCAAGCAAAGAUUUUUUGGAAACAGAAUUGGCAGUAGAACAUGUUGCAAGGAAUGAUAAUGGAGUUUUGACAAUUCGUGAGGAACAACAGCUCUUGUACGGGUACAGUGUAACUUGUCCAACUCCUCAGUCAUCUCCCAGUGCAAGUGCAACAAAUAGGGGUUCCUUUGACAUGAUGAGCACUUGUUUCUCUCCAGUUGUGCAACCUCAUAUUGAUGCGCCAAGGGAACCAAUUGGAGAUAUGUUGCCUAGUCUAAAGCUGCCGCUUAGUCCUGCCAUCCCAGAUUCCAUGUCACAAUGCAAGUCCGGUAAGGAUUCUCUCGAAGCCGAUUUAUUUUAUUUCAUUUAA